AUGAAAACUUCUGUUGACUGGCAAGUUAGAAUUUUGUAUUGGAGAUGUCCUUAUCUUCGAUGUGAGUUACGAAAUUAAUUUUUGAAAAAUUAUCACCCCAUCUAUUUGGUUUCAGGGUAUCCAUUUGCUUGGAACGAUCCAAUUAUCAAAAGUUCUUUGAUCACAAACAUUGCUCAGGUUUUGGUCGAAGAAAAAGAUUCCAAAGAAAUUGGACGUAAGUUUACGAAAAUUUCAGAUUCUAACUAAUUAUUUUUUUGUUUCACAAGGAAAGGUUUUCAAUGUUCCCCCAAGGAAAAAACCGAGAGUAUGUGGAAUGUUGAGGGUUCCCAUGGGUAAGAAAAACCCUAACGGGAAUAAGGAGAAAAAUGCCUUGUUUUAGAAAAUUUUGGUGUUAUUGAUUUUUGCGAUGAAAUUUUUUAGAAAAAUCGAAACUUUUUUCAAAAUUGGUGAAAAAUGUCAAUCUAAAAAUCCAUUUGUAGCGCAAACGGCGUACUUUAGUAUUACUUCGACUAAAAUUAGGAAUAAAAUAAUUUUGGUCCCAAAAGUCCACUAAAUCAAAAAUCCAGUUUGAAAAAUUCAUAGAAAAUCAACGUUUUCGUUGUGAAGGAGAAGUUUGUGUGAAUCGAGACUAUGAUUUUUGGAUUCUACGGACCAAAUUACGUCUGUUGACCGUCAUAAAUUUUUCAAGUUCCGUUCAUUUGAAAAUGGAAAAAAUUAUUUUUUGUGUUUUUUGGUGACCAUUUGAUCAGAAAAACCCCGACUAAAAAAACCAAAUUUCAAAAAAUGUUUUAUUUUUUGAUAAAAAGUUUCACAAACACGUAAUCGACCAUUCUGAACAACUUCCACGACUCAAAAGUUCAUGAAAUAGAUUCAAAAUCGAGUUACAGAUGCUCUAAAAAUCAAAAAAUGGUGUAAAAUUCGACCUAAAAUACAUUUUUUCUCGAGAAUAAGGCAUUUUUCUCCUUAUUCCCGUUAGGGUUUUUCUUACCCACGGGAACCCUCAACAUUCCACAUACUCUCGGUUUUUUCCUUGGGGGAACAUUGAAAACCAUUCCUUGUCAGCUUGUUUCAGUCGUUUCAAUCAAGUUGAAAAAAUUCUGGAUGACUACAUAAUUAACAAUUCAAAUGUCAACAUGGAAUUUUGGUUCUCAUUGAAAUACACUGCUCUUAACACUAGAGGAUUUUGGAAACGUUGA